AACAUAAACAUUCGUGCUUUUCGCAAACCCAAAAACAACCUGCAGAGCUUUUACGUCGCCCGCAGUUAAGCAAACGGGAAAGUUAUCUUAAAAAAUGCUGUUUUCAUCUGGAACAAUGUGAAGAUUCGCCGACCAGGACCAACGCUGGAUGUGGUUUAACUGAAUAUAGUAACCAGGAAGCAGAAAACUUGUUUCGGGGGUUUGUACGACGUGUAACUCUCGCUCAUUACUUUCACAUUUUAGCGCUCGCGCCUCAAACAGCAAACGAAAGGUGGUGUGUAUGUGUGAGAGAGGGAGAAAGAAAACUGCACCGAGCGAACAAGAGUAAAAGUUACGGUCCCUCGUUUUCAAUCGCGCGGUGUUGUUGUUCCGCUUCAAGUUCGAUGGCAAAACCCGCGAAAUUCUUGCGUAAUGUUCCACGCUGGUCGACACUGUUUCCGGUGGUGCUGUACGUCCUCUUCAUCCUUUGUAUCCUAGUGCUAGCGUUUUCCUCCCGUCAAAGUCAAAGUGAUGGAAAGCUCCGGCAUGCUGAGCACGGUGUGGCGAACGACAUUCCCAACGUACCCGCCCCGCUAGUAUACCGGAAGCUAGAGGAGGGUGUGGUGAAAGAGUUGUCAGCGGCAUUCACAAAAGCCGAUACAAACGGCGACAAGCAUUUGACCGUGCAAGAGUUAGCCAAGUUUAUAAAUUUCAAAAUCCGCGAACACAUCGACGAAGCCAUCCGAACCAACCCGAUGAUGUUUGUUGAGAUUGACCACAAACCGCGCGACGGGCUGGUUAGUUGGGACGAGUACCAAAGCUACUGGUUGCACGAGAGAGGCAUCCAGGGCGACAGUCACAUGAAGAAGGGCAUGUUCGAUAAGUUGGAUCGUAAGGUGAAGGAAUCGAUCGCACGCGAUAAAGCACAUUGGAUGGAGGCGGCGCGAACGGAUCCGCUCAGCCUGACAUUGGACGAGUUUCUAUCGUUUCGCCAUCCGGAAUCGAGUACGGUGAACCUGCUAAACCUGGUCGACGAUAUACUGCGCCAGUUCGAUGUUGACGGUGAUGAUCAUUUGACGAUCGAGGAGUUUUCCGACGUACAAACGACGGAUCUGGGCGAGGGCAAAAAGUUCAUCCUUUGGCAGAACGUACGCGAGCGGAAGGAAGAGUUUGCGAAGGUGAUUGACAAAAACCGGGACGGCAAAGCUGACCGAGGGGAACUGCUAUCCUACGUUGAUCCACGACACCCACGCUACGCUAUACAGGAAGCUUCGACGCUGUUCUCUCUAGCCGACACAAAUAACGAUAAGAAACUUGUAAUGCACGAGAUGCUGGCCAGCUCGUCAAUAUUCAUAUCCUCGAAAAUGAUCCAUACGGCGGAAAGUUUUCACGAUGAAUUUUAAGGUGUUGAGUGCUACCGUGGGGCGAGCAACCAUCGUUCCUUGUUCUGAAAGUGAUGCAUAUCUGUGAAAUAAAUGUGUUAUGUUUGUUUUAUUUAAAACGUGA